AUGGGUGUCGUCUCCGGGGGACUUAGUGACGGCGCCCUACUGUCGGACGGUACUAGGACGCUGUCAAAUGAAGGAAAUUUGCCUUCUGGAGUUGAGAUGGAAAUGGAAACUAUUCCUAUCACUGAGCCGGAUCAUGAAGGUUAUCGUAGGUUCUUGAGAAUGGACACGGAUACCUUCCAGUUUUUACUCCAGAAGAUAGAACCCUUGAUUUCAAAGCAAGACACGGUGAUGCGAAGAGCCAUCCCUGCAGGAGAACGCUUAGCGAUCACCCUACGUUAUUUAGCAACAGGAAAGACCCAAUCUUCGAUGGCAUUUAACUUCCGUGUGGCACCGAACACCAUUUCGUUGAUAAUUCCGGCUGUGUGCACUGCAAUGUAUGCUGUUCUGCAAGAAUACUUACGUGUUCCACAAUGCCCAGAAGACUGGAAAGACAUUGCAGCUGGGUUCCAGGAGCUAUGGAAUUUCCCUAAUUGCAUAGGUGCUUUGGACGGGAAACAUAUUAAUAUAGAACCUCCACCAAACUCAGGUUCUGCAUAUUGGAACUACAAACAUUUCUACAGCAUAGUUUUAAUGGCAUUGGUAGAUGCCAAUCUCAUGUUUGUGUAUGUCGAUGUGGGGACAAAUGGCAGAGUCAGCAAUGGUGGCGUGUGGGAUAAGUCCAAGUUGAAUGCAGCAAUGGAAGCUGGUGAGCUUUUCAUACCGAAAGCUCAACCAUUGCCUAACUCAAAUGUACUUGUUCCACAAGUCAUUGUAGCGGAUGAUGCCUUCCCACUUGGCAUACAUUUAAUGAAGCCAUUCACUGGAGAUUAUCUGGAAGAGGACCAGAUUAUCUUUAAUUACAGGUUGUCAAGAGCUCGAAGAGUGUCCGAAAAUGCUUUCGGCAUCAUGGCUUCCCGUUUCCGCAUUUUCCAAACCAAAAUGCUUACGACACCAUCAAAUGCCGUCCAAAUUGUGAUGGCAGCCUGUGCUUUGCACAAUUUUCUAAGAGCAAGGUGCACAAAUCUUUACACACCUCCAUCAAGUAUCGAUAGAGAAGAUACAGAAAAGCACCAACUGUAUCCAGCCUCAUCAGCAGGUGGCAAGGUAAAAUUUGCCGAUGAGCAGGAGGAAUUGAUGGAGGCGAGUGUUUUGCACGCCUCUGUCAACAGCUUAUCCUCCUCCCCAUUGUUGGCUGUGCUUUUGGGCUGUUUUCUUUGUUUUUGCGAAGUUAGAGGGGUAGUUGCCACCCUUUUUUUUGAAGGUGGUGGGGUAUUCAGGUUUGAUGCCUGCACAGAACACGCAGCACUGGCAGAGGACUCUGCUGCUGGAGCCAUGCUGAUGUUCGGCAGUGGGUCCAGGAUCCUGCGAAUAUCCCAGCGAGAUAUCAUCCUCUGCGGUAACAGGUUGACUGCAAACCUAGGAAAAAUUCGUAGCAUAUGA